GGCGGUUGGCGCCGAGUCGCUAAGGUAGAGAAGGCGGCCAUUGGGCCGUAGGCAGCAGGGAACUUGUGGGCGCUCCCUGCUGCGGUCUCUGAGGGAGGACCCCUGCCGGUGGCGGGUCGCAGGGCCUGACCGCUACUCCACCCUUGGCCGGAGGGGCUGCUUCGUUUACAGCAGGCAACAGCUUUGAAGUGAAGCAGAGCAGGAGAGGAGCCGUUUCUGAACUGUAAAACUAGUCUGUAAACAGAAAAUUAAUUGGUAAAGCCAGGAUGGCUACAGGAGGAGGUCCUUUUGAAGAAGGCAUGAAUGAUCAGGAGUUAGCAAACUGGAGCCCUGAAGGUGUAGAUGACCGACUCAACAAUAUGGAUUGGGGUGGCCAACAGAAGAAAGCAAAUAGGUCAUCAGAAAAGAAUAAGAAAAAGUUUGGUGUAGAAAGUGAUAAAAGGGUAACUAAUGAUAUUUCUCCGGAGUCGUCACCAGGAGUUGGAAGGCGAAGAACAAAGACUGCACAUACAUUCCCACAUAGUAGAUAUGUGACUCAGAUGUCUGCUCCCGAGCAGGCAGAAUUAGAGAAACUGAAACAGCGGAUAAACUUCAGUGAUUUAGAUCAGAGAAGCAUUGGAAGUGACUCUCAAGGUAGAGCAACAGCUGCUAACAACAAACGUCAGCUUGGUGAAAACCGAAAGCCCUUCAACUUUUUGCCUAUGCAGAUUAAUACCAACAAGAGCAAAGAGGCUGCCAUAAGUCCUCCUAAGAGAGAAAUGAUCGGGUCAGCACAGUGUAAAGAGUUGUUAGCCUCUGCUUUAAGUAAUGACCUUUUGCAAAACUGUCAAGUCUCUGAAGAGGAUGGAAGGGGAGAGCCUGCAAUGGAGAGUAGCCAGAUUGUAAGCAGGCUUGUUCAGAUUCGUGAUUAUAUUACUAAAGCUAGUUCCAUGCGGGAAGAUCUUGUAGAGAAAAAUGAAAGAUCUGCUAAUGUUGAGCGCCUUACUCAUCUAAUAGAUCACCUUAAAGAACAAGAAAAGUCAUAUAUGAAAUUUCUUCAAAAAAUCCUUGCUAGAGAAAAUGAGGAGGAGGAUGUUCGGACUAUAGAUUCAGCUGUGGGAUCUGGUUCUGUAGCUGAGAGCACAUCGCUAAACAUAGAUGUGCAGUCUGAGGCUUCAGAUACCACGGAGGCAUCUUUUAGUCUGAAAAUUCGGCCGUGCAUUGAGGACAAACUAGGGAAUUCAGCUUCACAAGAACAGGUUUCAGACUUUGACGUUACUACAAGUCCAAAAGGGAAAGGUGACAGACCUCCUCAGAAUGACAGGGAACUGAGGCCUGAUAGGAAAUAUAGCCGAAAACGUGGAUUUCCCUCAAAGGCCAGAGAUCCUCAGCAGGAGCCUAUGGAAGAGAUAGAAAAUUUGAAGAAACAGCAUGACUUAUUAAAGAGGAUGUUACAGCAGCAGGAGCAGCUGCGAGCCCUGCAGGGACGACAGGCCACUCUUCUCGCUCUGCAGCACAAAGCCGAGCAAGCUAUUGCUGUGAUGGAUGAUUCUGAAAAGACUGCAGGGACAGCUCCUGACCGACAUACUGUACCGGGCCGACAGCCAGCCUGCUCUCCUUUUCAUCAGAGAGCGCCCUCAAGAGUUGUAACAGAAACUACAGGUAGCUUAUCUGGAGUUAGUAUCACAUCUGAACUAAAUGAAGAAUUGAAUGAUUUGAUUCAGCGUUUUCAUAAUCAGCUUCGUGAUUCUCAGCCUCCAACUGUUCCAGACAAUAGAAGACAGGCAGAAAGUCUUUCAUUAACUAGGGAGGUUUCCCAAAGCAGGAAUCCAUCAGUUUCAGAACACUUACCUGAUGAGAAAGUACAGCUUUUUAGCAAAAUGAGAGUAUUACAGGAAAAGAAACAAAAAAUGGACAAACUGCUUGGAGAACUUCAUACACUUCGAGAUCAGCAUCUGAACAACUCGUCAUUUGUGCCUUCUUCAGCCUCUCCUCGAAGUGUGGAUCAGAGAAGUGCAGCUGCAGCUCCUUCUGCCCCCAUAGGCGUGGCACCAGUCAAUGGAGAACCCAGUAGCCUCACGUCAUCUGUUCCUUAUCCAGCUGCUUCUCUAGUUUCUCAGAAUGAGACUGAAAAUGAAGGACAUCUAAAUCCAACCGAAAAACUCCAGAAGUUAAAUGAAGUUCGAAAGAGAUUGAAUGAACUAAGAGAAUUAGUUCAUUAUUAUGAACAAACAUCAGAUAUGAUGACGGAUGCUGUAAAUGAAAACACAAAAGAUGAAGAAACUGAAGAGUCAGAAUAUGAUUCUGAACAUGAAAACUCUGAGCCUGUUACUAACCUUCGAAAUCCACAAGUAGCUGCCACUUGGAAUGAAGUAAUUAGUAAUUCUAAUGCACAGUGUGUUUCUAAUAAUAGAGAGGGGAGAUCAGUCAAUUCUAAUUGUGAAAUUAACAACAGAUCUGCUACCAACAUGAGGGCUCUAAACAUGCCUCCUUCUUUAGCAGAUUGUCACUAUAAUAGAGAAGGAGAACAGGGGAUUCAUGUUGCACAAGGUGAAGAUGAUGAGGAAGAGGAGGAAGAAGCAGAAGACGAGGGAGUCAGUGGGGCUUCGUUAACUAGUCAUAGGAGCAGUCUGGUUGAUGAGGCUCCAGAAGAUGCUGAAUUUGAACAGAAGAUCAGUAGACUUAUGGCUGCAAAACAGAAACUUAGACAGUUACAGGAUCUUGUUGCCAUGGUACAGGAUGAUGAUGCAACAGAUCAAGGGGUUAUCUCUGCCAGUACUUCAAAUUUGGAUGAUUUCUACCCAACAGAAGAAGACAACAAACAAAAUGCAAAUAACACUAGAGGAAAUACCAAUAAAACACAGAAAGAUGCUGGCAUAAAUGAAAAGGCAAGAGAGAAAUUUUAUGAGGCUAAACUACAGCAGCAACAGAGAGAGCUCAAACAGUUGCAGGAAGAAAGAAAGAAACUGAUUGAGAUUCAAGAGAAAAUUCAAGCAUUGCAAAAGGCAUGUCCUGACCUACAGCUGUCAGCCACUAGUUCGGGUAAUUGUCCCACAAAAAAAUAUAUCCCAGCUGUUACUUCAACCCCAGCUGUUAAUGGAAAUGAAACCAGUACAAGCAGAUCUGGUUUUGAGCCUGAAGAUCCUUCAAUAGUAGAUAAUGAGCUGUGGUCAGAAAUGCGAAGACAUGAGAUGUUAAGGGAAGAGCUAAGACAGAGAAGAAAGCAGCUUGAAGCUCUGAUGGCCGAACAUCAGAGGAGGCAAGGGCUAACUGACACUACAUCUCCAGUGGCUGUUUCACUGAGAAGUGAUGGAUCUGAGAACCUGUGCACUCCUCAGCAGAGUAGAACAGAAAAAACAAUGGCAACUUGGGGAGGUUCUACUCAGUGUGCACUAGAUGAAGAAGGAGAUGAAGAUGGUUACCUUUCUGAAGGAAUUGUUCGGACAGAUGAAGAGGAGGAAGAAGAAGAGCAAGAUGCCAGUUCCAAUGAUAACUUUUCUAUGUAUCCUCCUAACAGCAUGAAUCAUAACUCUUAUAAUGUAAAAGAAACUAAGAAUAGGUGGAAGAACAGUCGCCCUUUUUCAGCAGACGGAAAUUACCGUCCCUUAGCCAAGACGAGACAGCAGAAUAUCAGCAUGCAGCGCCAGGAAAACCUUCGCUGGAUGUCAGAACUGUCUUAUGUGGAGGAGAAAGAACAGUGGCAAGAACAAAUUAAUCAGCUAAAGAAACAGCUGGAUUUCAGUGUCAGUAUUUGUCAGACUUUGAUGCAAGACCAGCAGACGUUAUCUUGUCUGCUACAGACUCUUCUUACGGGUCCUUACAGUGUUAUGCCCAGCAAUGUUGCAUCUCCUCAAGUACACUUCAUAAUGCACCAGCUGAACCAGUGCUACACUCAGCUCACGUGGCAACAGAGUAAUGUGCAAAGGUUGAAACAAAUGCUAAAUGAACUUUUGCGCCAACACAAUCAGCACCCAGAGAAACCCGGAAGCAAGGAGAGAGGCAGCGGUGCAUCACACACGUCUUCUCCCAGUUUAUUUUGUCCUUUUAGCUUUCCCUCGCAGCCUGUAAAUCUGUUUAACCUUCCCGGGUUUACUAAUUUGUCAUCAUUUGCACCAGGUAUGAAUUUCAGCCCUUUAUUUCCUUCUAAUAUUGGAGAUUUUUCUCAGAAUAUUUCUACACCUACUGAACAGCAGCAACCAUUAGCCCAGAAUUCUUCAGGGAAAACAGAAUAUAUGGCUUUUCCAAAACCUUUUGAAAGCAAUUCUUCUAUCGGAGCAGAAAAACCAAGGAAUCAAAAACAGCCUGAAGAGGAGGUGGAGAACAGUAGGACGCCAUGGUCAUACGACCAGGAAGGUGAGGUAGAAAAACCAUUUAUCAAGACUGGAUUUCCAGUGUCUGUAGAGAAAACUACAAAUAGUAAUCGCAAAACUCAGUUAGAGACCAGCCGGAGAAGACGCCAGUUUGAUGAAGAGUCUUUAGAAAGCUUUAGCAGUAUGCCUGAUCCGGUAGAUCCAACAACGGUAACUAAAACAUUCAAGACCAGAAAAGCAUCUGCACAGGCCAGCCUGGCAUCUAAAGAUAAAACUCCCAAGUCAAAGAAUAAGAAAAGGCAUUCUACUCAGCUGAAAAGCAGAGUUAAGAAUAUUGGGUAUGAAAGUGCCAGUAUGUCUAGCACAUGUGAACCUUGCAAAAGUAGGAACAGACAUUCAGCCCAGACUGAAGAGCCUGUUCAAGCAAAAGUAUUCAGCAGAAAGAAUCAUGAGCAGCUGGAAAAAAUAAUAAAAUAUAGUAGGUCUACAGAAAUAUCUUCAGCACAUGCUAGGAGAAUACUACAGCAGUCUAACAGAAAUGCAUGCAAUGAAGCGCCAGAAACUGGGAGUGAUUUUUCCAUGUUUGAAGCUUUGCGGGAUACUAUUUAUUCUGAAGUAGCUACAUUAAUUUCUCAAAAUGAAUCUCGUCCACAUUUUCUUAUUGAACUCUUCCAUGAGCUUCAGCUACUUAAUACAGACUAUUUGAGACAGAGGGCUUUAUAUGCAUUGCAGGACAUAGUAUCCAGACAUAUUUCUGAAAACCAUGAAAAAGAAGGGGAAAAUGUAAAGUCAGUGAAUUCUGGUACUUGGAUAGCAUCAAACUCAGAACUUACCCCCAGUGAAAGCCUUGCUACCACUGAUGAUGAAACUUUUGAGAAGAACUUUGAGAGAGAAACACAUAAAAUAAGUGAGCAAAAUGCUGGUGAUAAUGCUAGUGUCAUGUCUGUAUCUUCAAAUUUUGAGCCUUUUGCAACUGAUGAUCUAGGUAACACUGUGAUUCACUUAGAUCAGGCAUUAGCCAGAAUGAGAGAAUAUGAGCGCAUGAAGACGGAGGCUGAGAGUAGCACCAACACAAGAUGCACCUGCAGGAUUGUUGAGGCCGAGGACGGUGCUGCUGCCGCGGCUGCGGUUACUAACUUGGAAGAAACUCCCAUUGAAAAUCGUAGUUCACAACAACCUGUAAGUGAAGUUUCUACUGUCCCAUGUCCUAGAAUUGAUACUCAGCAGCUGGACCGGCAAAUCAAAGCCAUUAUGAAAGAAGUCAUUCCUUUUUUGAAGGAGCACAUGGAUGAAGUAUGCUCUUCUCAACUUCUAACUUCAGUUAGACGCAUGGUUUUGACCCUUACCCAGCAAAAUGAUGAGAGCAAAGAGUUUGUAAAGUUCUUUCAUAAACAACUUGGAAGUAUAUUACAGGAUUCACUAGCAAAAUUUGCUGGCAGAAAACUCAAAGACUGUGGAGAAGAUCUUCUUGUAGAGAUAUCUGAAGUGUUGUUUAAUGAAUUGGCUUUCUUCAAGCUCAUGCAAGAUUUGGAUAAUAAUAGUAUAACCGUUAAACAGAGAUGCAAAAGGAAAAUAGAAGCAGCCGGAGUGAUACAGUCUUAUGCCAAAGAGGCCAAAAGGAUUCUUGAAGGAGAUCAUGGCUCACCUGCUGGAGAAAUUGAUGAUGAAGACAAAGACAAGGAUGAGACCGAAACGGUGAAGCGGACGCAAACAUCUGUGAUGUAUGAUGGUGAUGGUCCCAAACAUGUGAGAUCUGAGGUUUCUGAUCAAGAGGAAGAUGAAGAAAGUGAAAAAUGUCCGGUGUCUAUUAACUUAUCCAAAGCUGAAACUCAGGCUUUGACGAAUUAUGGAAGUGGAGAAGAUGAAAAUGAAGAUGAAGAAAUAGAAGAAUUUGAGGAAGGACCUGUAGAUGUUCAGACUUCCCUUCAGGCUAACACUGAAACUACGGAAGAAACUGAACAGAACGAUCAGGUACUACAACAUGACUUUGAAAAAUCAGGAGAAAGCAAAAAUGUCCCAUCAGAACAAGAACCCACUACUAGUAAAGAUGACCAAGACAGCACUCCUGUGAAACCCUGUUACCUCAACAUCUUGGAAAAUGAGCAACCUUUAAAUAGCGCUGUCCAAAAGGACUCUCUCACUACCAUUGAUUCAUCUAAACAGCCUAACCCUUUGCCUUUAACUGAAAUUGAAACCUUGGUGCCUGCAGUCAAAGAAGUUAAGUCUGCUCAGGAAACUCCUGAGAGCUCUUUGGCCGGAAGUCCUGAUACUGAAUCUCCAGUGUUAGUGAAUGACUAUGAAGCAGAGUCUGGUAACAUAAGUCAAAAAUCGGAUGAAGAAGACUUUGUGAAAGUUGAAGAUUUACCACUUAAACUGACAAUAUAUUCAGAGGCAGAUCUAAGGAAGAAAAUGGUAGAGGAAGAACAGAAAAACCACUUAUCUGGUGAAGUAUUACGUGAAAUGCAGACUGAAGAAUUAGCUGGGAAUUCUCAGACACUUAAAGAACCUGACUCUGAACAGAAAGGAGAGAAUUUCAUAUUGGCACUCAAGCCAAGCCAUCGUGUUACAGCUGUGUCUCUCUCGACAUGCAUAUGAAAGAUCGGUACAGUGGAAGAAGUGUACUUAGUUAUUACUCUAGUACCUGUGGACCUUAUCUAACUUAUCUGACUUGUGUUAUAGCUGCUGUAACUAGUCUGUUGUUUUCUAUUUUAGAAGAUAAUUCAGUUUUAAAAUAUGUGGGGCUUAAGAUCAGAUAACUUGUUUUCCAUUUUCCUUAGUAACUACUGCUUCAAAGGCUAGGCAUUCAGUAUUCCUGUUUGUUCAUUUUUAAGUUGAAAAUCUGGUUGUAGAUAAGAGAGAGAGAAAGGUCAAAAUGAGUGAGACAGAAUCCUAUGCAGGUUGAGAUAAUGCUGAAACUAGUGAGCUCACCGGACUGUGCAGGUUCUCUUUGUAUUUUGUAACAUUCAUUUUGGGUAAAUGCUUUUUCACUGUUAAUAAAUGUAUAUCCUCCAUACA